AUGGACUCCUCCAAUGACAGUGACAGUGAAAGCGUCCAGUCGUCACAAUCCUCCCAAAGCGUUGGCGAGAGAAAUGUCAACCUCCGCUCAGCACUUCCCGAAGCCAUUAAACGUGGAUCGGUGAAAGAUGUACGAAGGCUCCUGAAGCAGCGUGGUGCAGUUCGCAUUCGAUUUAAGCAUCAUUUCGACAGAUACUUGAAUAAGCCUGACUCUGAGACUACACCAUUAAUGCUAGCGGCGGGAUUAGGGCACAUUGACAUCGUAGACUUGCUGCUCGACCACGGCGCGAGUGUUGACGACGUGACUAGCUUGGACAGCUCGGCUCCAAUACAUCUGGCUGCCCUACACGGCCAAAGUGGAGUGGUGAAGCUCCUUCUCGAUGCCGGUGCACCGAUCAAUGACAGGAAUGCCGAUGGAUGGACGCCACUGGAGCUUGCCUGCAAAUGGGGUCACCUUGAAACCGCCAAAUCACUCAUCAGCAGAGGGGCUGAUCCGAAUCGUGCCGAUACUAACGGGUGGAAUUCUCUUAGUUAUGCAGCCAGGUAUGGGCAGCCACAUAUUACCCGCUAUCUUCUGGACCUUGAGACAGAUAUCGAAGAAAAUGGCACCGUUGUUCAUAAGAAACUUGUCAAUCGAAACGAAACUGCAGACAAAAAUAAAUAUACGCCUCUUAUUGGAGCAAUUCAUUAUAGCCACAUUGACUGCGUGAAGCUACUUCUUGCAGAUAGCGACGUGGACGUGACUAUCCAAGACUCUGAUGCCGAAACAGCUUUGUGCAUGGCAGCCCGAAAGGGUUACAUAUCCAUCAUGUUGCAAAUAUUGGGAAUGAAAGUCUAUUUACCGGAUGACCCUGUGAGUGGGACAUCUUGCAUUGCAUCUUCGUCCGAGCAUUACUAUGUCGAGCGUACUUUGUUACGUCGACACGGGCAGGCAAUGCGAACGCCCGAAGAGCAGGCCAGGACAAUGUACUGGGCGGUCGCCAAUGGGUGCCUGCAGCUGACAAAGAGCUGCCUCCAACACCAGCCAAACUUGGCUAAAUGGUCCCGGAUGGGGGCAACAUGGCUUCAUGUGGCUGCGAAAUAUGGUAGACAUCAGCUGCUUGAGCUGUUUGCCGCUCAAGGACUCGAUAUCUGCGCUAUGGCAAGUCAAAGCAUGACGCCUCUUCACCUGGCCGCACAAGGUGGCCACCGAGUUGCCGUCAAAUGUAUCCUUCAAAUCCUACGACGAAGGCCCAAAAAGGCGAAAGAGCCGCCAGCAGGGGUCUCAUCAUUUCCAGUACCAGAACUGGUCCAAUUCAUCCUGCAACCGAAUGACGACGGCGAAUCAUCUCUUACGCUCUCCGGAAAAUCGAGUACCCGGGGCGGUAGUGAUAUUCUUUGGGGUGAAAUUGAAAAGUUCGCUGAAUCGGAACGUAACUUUGUCGAAAGUCUUCCAAUUGGCCUUGAAGAUUUACUGGAGCUUGCAGCGCAAUUUGAAAGACCUGGCAAAGAGCGCAUGUUGAAGAUGCUACUGCAACAGACCACCAGCAAGAGAUUUAGUGAAGAGUCCAAGCAUUGGACGGCUUUGCACUGGGCGGUUGCCAGCUCCCGAGCAGUCAUCGUCUGGUGGCUGCUUUCCAACGGCGCGCACUUGAGAAGCGAAGAGAUACAAACAGCACUGCAGAUUGUGGAGAAAAAAGCAAGUUAUGGGUACGGGAGCUCUGAAGUGGACCUACUCAUGACUGAUCUUCUGCGGAACCCCCCUACUAUAUCAGCGCGUGCGGUGAACGGAGACGAUUAUCACCUACCAGAAUUGCCGACAUUCUCUGACGAUCUUGAAGAGGUUCUUGAUCACGAUGGCAUCGUCGUCGACUUCUAUUGCCACGAUAAAAAAUCUGAUUUCAAAAUCAAGAGAAGGAGCCUUCGAGCAAUCAUCUACGAGGAAGGCCCGAGUGGAGUCAUGGAAAGCGUUGGAUCAUACGACUGCAGUAACUUAGAAGGACUCAAAGAUCAGUUAGAAACCAUUCGACAAACACAGUAUAGUGGCAAAACCACAUUCAUAGAACCGGUUACAAGGACUUUGGAUUUCAAGCCGCAUUCGGCAGAGAUUCACACAACAGGGCAGGAAUCAUUCGAAACUUCAUCAAGCCAUAAACCUACGCUGCCGUUUGCGCCAGCUGAGAGACAGCAUGGAUUUCGAUGGAUACAUAUUCCAGCUCAUGAUAUAAAAUUGGCUGAGGAUCUCAUCACGCGCAUUAUCAGAGAUUCAGGAAAGAAGAAGCGACAGCAUGCCUCUUUGGUCGAUCUUCUGAAGCAAACCUCGGUCGAAGUCGCUGCAGGAGGUGGGAAGCGAUAUAUCAAACCACAAUGUGUCAGAGGACAAUUUGACGAUGACGUAUGGACCAGCAACAAGUCAGGUGUCAGCCAGGACGCAAUUGGUGAAGACGACAAUGAUGAUGAUAAAUACGAUGAUACCAACGAAAGCACCGACGCGAACACAUAUUUCGAAAGAUCGAGUGAGGAAGGCAGUGCAGGCAAACAAAGCGUUGCCCUCUAUAUGCCUUUUUUAACAUUGGUGAAUGUUCCAGGUGUGACAACUGGCAUUGAUGUAAAUGAAUCCACGCGACAGUAUCUCAAGUCAUAUGCGCCGUCACAACGUUCUCAUGAGAAUUGCUCCUCGAAAAUACCCUAUGGACGGAUGACUCUGGACCAAUAUUAUUACACUACCAUUCCUGAUAGUACUGAAAGAGACCACGAUCAAGUUCUCUCACGCUACCUGGCAUGGCAAGAGUUUAGAUACUUUAAGGAUCACGGCAUGAAGUUGACUGAAGUCCACGAACAGUCCGGUAAAUCCAUCAAGAUUUUUGCGGUCGACCAGUUGUGGCUGUGGAUCGUUGAUGAGAGCACCAUUAUCACCGCCACCACGAGCGAUUUCGAAGACUUUGUAGAUAUCGUUUUCGAUACACUAGUUUCUGCGGAUGCAAAAGGGGAUUCUCCACGGGCCCAGUCUGUGCACUCUAUGAUGGAAUGCAUCUUGAAGAUUGUGACUGGACCGCGAAUGCAAAGUGUGUCUGUAAUGGGAAAAGAAAAGCUCAAGCAGCCAAUGGAGGUCUUUCGUGAGUCGAUCAGACAUGUGGCCGAUGUCGAGACGGAAAUGUCCCGGAAUUUUGUGAAUUCGGUUGCAAGAGGGCAUUUCAACAUACUGCCCAAGCGGGAAAUGGGAAAGGAGUUCCGUCUUCUCUACGAGAUCAAGGAUAUCAGGGAAGAGCUCAAUAUGCUCAGCUCGUUGACUGAAACUCAAAACAGGGUUUGGAGACAAGCUCGUCUACCGAAGUAUCCUCAUUUUCAGACGCCUCAUCAGGCCUCUCUAGAAAUCAAGGAGGUAGUUCGUGAAGCAGAGUCGGCUCAGGACGCGAUCAACACACUUCUGGAAUUGCGGCAGAAGCAUGCUGGUAAUCAAGAUGCGGAAUUCGGACGGCAACAAGCAAAUACUACCAUGGUCUUUACCAUUGUUACCAUUAUCUUCCUUCCCCUCUCGUUUCUGACAUCUCUCUUUGCAUUAGACGUGUCUGCCUUCCCUCACGAAUCCGGCGACGUGAAAUACAAAUCCGCCUGGAUCUUCCCCAUCAUUUUCGGCUGCACAGCUGCAUUCUCGAUCCCAUCGAUCAUCGUCGCCUUUAACAUCAAUGACCUAAUACUGGUUCCUUACUAUCGCUGGCGAUCUUCAACGCAGCCUGACAGUAACCGAAUCAUGGGAGCGGACACUGUACGUCAGCUAACAGAGGAGGCAGACAUUAGUUCCAUCUGGUCGGAUGCGGUCAAGGAAUAUAAAUCGAGUAUGUCUCGGCCCAAACUUGGUAUUAUGUUUAUUCUUUGGUUACUGUGGCGUCCGUCCCGGCAUAGGCGUCGGAGGACCACAAAUGAUUGCGAAACUGGAGGCGGUGGUAAAGUUGGAGACGAGUCUCAUUUGAGAAGCGGCGAUGAGAAGGAUUCUCGGCGUUCUGAUAUCGGAAAUUGA